GGCGUCGCGUAGGUAAAGUAAGCAGACGGCGACAUUUACAGACUGUACAUUUCUCGAAUGGAAGUUACCAUUCGCUAACUGCUGCAGCAGUCAUUUUCUCAUCCACUCCAAAUCUGCACGCAAGUCACAGCAAGAGACACAUCCUACGCCUCUCCAGUCCUUCGACCACGUGUCAUGUUCCCAUUCGCUCUCGCCAGGUCGUUAGCACCCUGCCAUGCAUGCGCUGCCGUAUGUCAUGCCGCGAGACUCGCCGUGAGUUGCGCCGUGGACUACGGAAGCGUCGUGACAAGCGCCAGUAGCUGCAGCAGCAGCAGAAGCACAAGCGCCAGCAGCUGCAGCAGCAGCAGAAGCACAAGCGCCAGCACUAGCGGUACCAGUAACAGAACGGGGAGCGGCAGCAACAGCAACCGUUACAGCAGCAACAGUGCCGGUCGCAGGAGCAGCAGCGGCAGCAGCAGCAGCAAAAGCAGCAGAAGCAGCAGCAGCAAAGGCGGAAGAAGUAGCACUGGCAAGAAAAGCCGACAGGCUGAAAGACUAGAACCUGCCGCAGAUGUCACCUCCUCCAGAUCUACCUCCCCCUCCACAGAUGCCACCUCCCUUCCGCCACAAUCCGUUCCCUCUUCCCCCUCGCGUUCCGCCUUCCCGCUCUUCUCCUCCCCCUUACCCGCGGUUCUUCCCCCGCCGCCUGCGCUCUCCCAGCUGCCUCCCAGGCAGCAGGAGCGGCUCUCUCUCUAUCUGGACCUGCUUUUGGAGUGGAAUCAGCGCACGAACCUCACAGCAGUGACGAGUCGAUCCGAAGCAGAGCAGCGCCACCUGGCCGACUCUCUCUCCCUCAUCCCAGUCUUCUCAGCUAUUGCUGCACCACCCGCAGCCGUGCCACCUGCCGUGCCACCUGCCAUGCCACCUGCCGUGCCACCUGCCACAACACCCACUGCCACGGCACCUGUUCUUGAGGCGCCUCAAAACGCUGCCGCUGCGCAGGCACCCCCGGCCGUGCUACCUGGCGUGCUGCGAUUGGUGGAUGUGGGCACGGGCGCGGGGCUGCCUGGGAUCGUGCUGGCGGUGGCCCGGCCCUCGUGGCACGUGACCCUCGUUGAGUCUCUCAACAAGCGCUGUGACUUCUUGUUGCAUGUGGUGGGGGAGUUGGGGUUGCGGAACGUGCAAGUGGUGUGGGGGAGGGCAGAGGAGGUGGGGAGGGACCCUAUCCAUCGUGAGGCGUUCGACGUGGCUGUAGCACGGGCUGUAGCGGAGAUGAGGGUGCUCAAUGAAUUGUGUCUGCCUCUGGUCCGGGUGGGGGGAGCCUUUAUAGCUGCGAAGGGACCCAAUCCUCAGGAGGAGAUUGAGGCUGCCACCAACUCUGCUUCCCUGCUCGGUGCUCAACUCGCAAGAGUAUACGAAGUCGCAUCCUCAAGCACCAACGGCCAGCGCACAGCAGUCAUUUACCAAAGAGUGUUGCCAACGCCUUCCAAGUACCCUAGACGACCCGGAAUGCCCUCCAAGCGACCCUUGUGAGGGAGCUAAGAACCAUGAUAUGGUCCGAUUCACUCCGCAGUUGUUGGGCCGAUUCCCAAUGGCUAACACAUUCGAGACGACCCGGAAUGCCGUCGAAACGACUGUUGUGAGGGAGCUAAGGAGCAGGACAGGGUCCAAUAAACAAAUCCACACCUGUCAGGUGCCUUGCCUUCUCGGUGGUAAGCAAGCACAUUCGAGAGCCAGGAAUGCCCUUGCUAUGCAGUGACGGAAACGGCUCCUCUUCUGCCCUUCUGCUAUGAGCGACCAAGUCCCUCACAGUAAUGCAGUGAAGGAGACGGUUCCUUUACUACCGCAGCUGCGUGGCCUGGGCAGAUUCCCAAUGGCAAGCGCAUUGGAGUGGAGUCGACCCGCUAACGUCCUCGAAUUGAACGGCCCUUGUAGUAAUGCAGUGAAGGAGAUGGUUCCUUUCCCACCACAGCUGCUUGGCCAAGUUCCAAUGGCUAGCACCGGGCACUCCAGCUGGCAGCCAAGAAGUGCUGUACAUGCCUUCCAAUUUUCAAACCACUUGUGAGUCGUGAUAGAGUACCGUAAUGGAGGGAGGAGGAGCGGGGUUGAAACGCCUACACGUCAUAAACAACCAAUAUUACUGCGCAACAGAGCUUGGCACUGUUUCCGUGAUGUGUAUUUGUAUGGCACCACCACAAAUCCCUGGGAAAAAAUCACCACUCAUUGC